CCCGGAGGGGCCGCCCCGCCCCGCCGCACGUGACGCGGCGCGGUGGCUGCGAGCGCCGGGGCCCCAGCUCCGCUGCGCUCCGGUACCGGCUCCGCUCCGGUACCGGCCCCGGCCCCGCCGCCCCUCCGUAGGCUUCAGGGUUAACGCGGCUCAAGGGGGCUGUGGGGGAGCUCCCCCUCGCCCCCAGGAAGCGCCAUGGGCCCCCCAGGACCCCCCCGCACCACAUAGACCUGUCUGCACCCAGCACCGCCGCCCCCUCGGCCGCCCCACCCCGAGGGCAGCAGGAUGGCCCAGCAGCGCCACGCCGUCCCCCCGUCGCUCAAGACGGAAGAGGAUUACAUCCCCUAUCCCAGCGUGCACGAGGUGCUGGGCCGGGAGGGGCCGUUCCCCCUCAUCCUCCUGCCGCAGUUUGGGGGUUACUGGAUCGAGGGCACCAACCAUCAGCUGAGCGCGGCACCCGAGUCCCCCCCGACCCCGGCACCCAGCGGCCGGGCAAAGCUGGAGGGGAACCACACAGCCAAAAUCUACCGCAAGCACUUCCUGGGCAAGGAGCACUUCAACUACUACUCCCUGGACCCAGCACUGGGCCACCUCGUCUUCUCCCUCAAGUACGAUGAGCAGGAGCACCUCCAUCUGCUGCUGCGCACCCGUACCCGCACCCUGCACGACGUGGUGCCCAUCUCCUGUCUAGCUGAGUUCCCCAACGUGGUGCAGAUGGCCAAGCUGGUGUGCGAGGACGUCAACGUGGAUCGCUUCUACCCCGUGCUCUAUCCCAAGGCUUCCCGCCUCAUCCUCGCCUUCGACGAGCACGUGCUCAGCAACCACUUCAAAUUUGGGGUCAUCUACCAGAAGCUGGGGCAGACGUCCGAGGAGGAGCUCUUUGGCACCACGGAGGAGAGCCCGGCCUUCACCGAGUUCCUGGACGUGCUGGGGCAGCGGGUGCAGCUCCGAGACUUCAAGGGGUUCCGGGGGGGGCUGGAUGUGACCCAUGGGCAGACGGGCAGCGAGUCCAUCUACUGCCACUUCCGAGACAAGGAGAUCAUGUUCCACGUCUCCACCAAGCUGCCCUACACCGAGGGGGAUGCGCAGCAGCUGCAGCGCAAGCGCCACAUCGGCAACGACAUCGUGGCCGUGGUGUUCCAGGACGAGAACACCCCCUUCGUGCCGGACAUGAUCGCCUCCAACUUCCUGCACGCCUUCGUCGUGGUGCAGCUGGAGCAGGGCAGCGACCAGGGGCCCCUCUACAAGGUCUCCGUCACUGCCCGUGAUGAUGUCCCCUUCUUCGGGCCGCCGCUGCCCGACCCCGCUGUGUUCAGGAAGGGCCCUGAGUUCCAGGAGUUCCUGCUCACGAAGCUCAUCAAUGCCGAGUACGCCUGCUACAAGGCGGAGAAGUUCGCCAAGCUGGAGGAGCGGACGCGGGCGGCGCUGCUGGAGACGCUGCACGAGGAGCUGCAGGCCCGCAGCCAGGCCAUGCUGGGGCUGGGCCCCGAGGACGAGCGUGCGGACAACGGCGCGGCCGCGCCGGGCUUCUUCGAGUCCUUCAAGUCGCUGCUGGUGCCCGGGAGCCGGCGCGGACGCCGCGGCAGCGCCAUCGGGCUGGGCUCGGUGGAAGAGGCGCUGCUGGUGCCCGGGAAGAGCCCCUCGCGGCGGCGGCCCGGCCCGCUCGGCUCCCGCCGCUCCAGCGCCAUCGGCAUCGAGAGCAUCCAGGAGGCGCCGGCCGGCAGGGACGGCCCCGCCGCCACCCCCGAGGGCACCGGCUCCGCGCACAGCUCCCCCGAGAGCCAGCGGCACCAGGACAGGGAGAAGCCGGAGCCGCCGGAUUUCUCCCGCUCCUCCUCCAGCGGCAGCAGCUUCGGCAGCGCCCCCGAGGAGCCGAGCGAGCCGGGACGGGAGAACCGCUCCCCCUCGGGGACCCACCGCGACGCCUUCACCGACACCCCGUGGCCGGAUGAGCCCCCCGGCACCCCCACAGGCCGACGUCCCCCUGAGUCCCCCUGCCCCGAGAUCAAAAUCCAGCUGGAGCGGCCCCCCCCUCAUCCGGGCUCGUAGUUAACCCCCCCAAUCCCUGAGGGGGUGUCAACCCCCCCAUGUGCCAGGAGCUGAAGCCAUCGUCCCCAAUGUAGGAUAUGGGGGGACACCCCCAAAAAUGGGGGUGUCCCCACCCUCCAGACAAUCUCCAUCACCCCAAAUCCCCCUGGGGGGGUCGUGAUGGACCAUGAAGUCCCCCCCUUGCUGUCACCCCAAAAUGAAAAGCGGGUCCGACCCGAGCAUCACCCCCUCCCUAAGGAAAAUGGGGGC